AUGCGCCAUGGCAUUCAUGGCAGCAAGCUAGAUUCUACAAGGCUCACAACACCACCAAAGAAAGAAGCUAGAGGAAGCCAGUGCUGGGGGCAGGUGUGUGCAUUGAUUGAGAUGCUACGAAUCCUUCAAAGCAGUUUACUCUACUACUCCAUUCACUGCGCCAGUGUAGUGCUAGCUGCUUCCCAUUCAUCACACUGCACCAGUGUAGUGUUGCAGCGUUUUCGCUUUCACUCCUCCUCUCUUUGCGUUGUUAGCUCCAGAUCGAAAAGAAGGAAGAGAAGCAAGAAGGAUCAAGAGAAGAUGAGGGAUCUUCCCGUCACCGUAGCCGCUCUCCUGGCCAUCCUCCUGGUCGCCGCCUCGUACCAGGACCUCGUUCUCACCGUUGCUGCAGACGGCGGAGGCGUGGUUCCGGACGGGGUGUGCGACGCCAAGUGCCAGAAGCGGUGCUCGAUGAAGGUGGCAGGGCGGUGCAUGGGGCUGUGCAAGAUGUGCUGCGGCAAGUGCGGCGGCUGCGUGCCGUCGGGCCCGUACGCCAGCAAGGACGAGUGCCCCUGCUACCGCGACAUGGUCUCGCCCAAGAGCCGCCGCCCCAAGUGCCCCUGAAGAGUAAAGUAGUUCAUGGCAGGCUAGCUGCUGGAUGCUGGUAGUAGCCUGAUCGCUUCAUGGUCAGGUGCACGCUUGUGCACUCACUCAUCACUGUGUGCAGCACUGCAAUCUGACUGUAAUAGUGUCGUAGCGUUUUGGAAUCUGGGGUUGUUUGAGACGUGUUGAUGGAAUAAACGAGUGUCCAGAUCUGGCUUGGCCGAAUUGUGCUCUGAAA